AUGCUGCAUAUCUUUAACUGCAGUUGGGUAUAUACAUUUGAUUAUCUCUUCUUUCUGCAAACAAUUCUUCGAUCAGAUCCUCAGGGUGUUGUAAAUUUUGCUUUAAUGAUGUCCCAAAUGGAAGGAGGUUGUCCUAGGAACUUGAUACGAGAGGCAACAGCUUUCCUCUUGGAUGUUCUUAAACCCAAUUUACCCGAACAUGCUCACCUCCAAACCAAGGUCCUUGAAAUCAACCUUGUAACAUUCCCUAAUGUUGUUGAUGCCAUAUUAGCUAAUGGGAUGUUCAGUCACUAUGAUCGCCCUCGAAUUGCUCAACUUUGUGAGAAAGCAGGUCUUUAUGUCCGGGCCCUUCAGCAUUACAGCGAGUUGCCAGAUAUCAAACGUGUCAUUGUGAAUACCCAUGCAAUAGAGCCACAGUCUCUUGUGGAUUUUUUUGGGACUUUAUCACGGGAAUGGGCUCUGGAGUGCAUGAAGGAUCUUUUAUUGGUCAAUUUAAGAGGAAACCUUUAGAUCAUCGUCCAGGUAACAAUGGAUCUGAUUUUUCUAUGUUAAUGGUUAUUAUUUGAACAUCAGAGUUGAACCUAUUUGGUA